AUGCCAGCCAGCGUGGAGGGGAGGAGGGGCGAGGGCCAGCAGACAGGGCCGGGCAGCGGGCCGGGACCCAAAGGGAAGAGUGGGGAGCGACGGGGGAGGACAAGUGCAGGGUGCAUGGCCGGGGGGGGAGAUGGAGAGGAAGAGGAACGCGAGAAGGGAAGGGCAAAAAGGCGUGCAGCGGCAACAGAAGAGGACCUGGGAGGGGACCAGAGCAAGCCAGAGACGGAGAGGGGAGGGGAGGGGGGGGGAGAGACGGAAGAGAACACGGGUGAGCGGGAAAACAAAAGGAGGGAUGGGAAAGCAACCAUAAAGCGGAAAACGCAAGGGUGGAGGAACAGAGCGGAUGAGGGAAGAGGGAAAAGAGAAGAUGGCGGACAAAAGGCAGGCAAAGGAAGAAGGGAGCCUAGAAAAGCCGAGAAGUGGGGAGAGGUGGGAUGGAAGCAAAAAAGCGAAAAGGGAAGCAAGCGGGGAGGAGAGAACCCACAAGAAACGUGGACGGCCAAAGGGAAAGAACACGAGAUAACGGGAAGAAAAGGAGGCGGGCCAGGAGGGGUCAAGAGCGGCCCAGAGAAAGCAGGGGACGAGCCAAGACAGGCCGAAGAGGGGCGAAAGAAUGCAGUGGGACCAAGGGGGGAGGAAGUAAGGAGGAAGAAUGAAAGAACGGGGAAGGGAAAGGAAGGUGGCGUGGAGGAGUGGGCUACCGGAACAAAAGGAAAGAGAAGAGAACCGCAAAAGGGGGCAGAACAACUGGGAGCCGGAGCGCGGCACCAGAAAGCCGGGCCAGGAACACGCAGCCGCCGGAAAGGGAGGAAACCGGAAGGAAGCGCGCACAAGGAGGCGCACCCCAACAGGGCCGAGAAAGUGGAGAACAGGAGGGGCAGGCCCACAGCGGCGCAAGCUGCGGAAAGUGACGGAAGGGGAGGCACCAGGCAAAGGGAGCGAGCCAAAGGCCAACAGCAUAGCGGCGCACGUGCGGAGGGCACAGACGGGAGGCCGGGCGCCGCGGGAGCAAGAUGCGUGAAGGACUAA